AUGGCACGUGGACACCGGCUUCCUGGGCUGUCAGAUCAUCGCCUGAUCCGCAUGGAGCUGGUGUCCAUCCCCGCGGAGGUGUCGCGUAGACGCUGCCGAGAGAAGGAGGAACGUCAAUGGGCCCUGCGAAAGCUGGACCUCGGCGCUCUCGAGGUGAACCUUAUCUACUCCACCUGGCUGGAGCGCAACCCGGCCAACACGGUGGAGGAGGGGAGCGUUAUGUCGCGCACGUGCGACGCGUCGAUGCCCCGCUGCCGCCCGAUGGCGGGGAGGGCAACCUAUUGGUGGUCCGAGAAGCUAGUUGUACUACGUCGGGUCGCCGUGGCUGCCAGAAAAUCGUACAGUCGCAGGCGGCGGGGCACCGACGAAGAGAAGGAAGCGGCCGCCGGGGCACUCCGAGAUGCAAGGAGCCCUUAG